AUGGACCACAUCGAGUCUGCCCCAGACUCUCCGUAUCCUCCUCUAAAAAUCCCCUGCCUAAGCUCUGAACCGUAUGACGAGCUCGAUUUCUUGACCUACCCGGAGCGCUCAGGGUGGGACAUCGACAGACUGUUCGCAGGGGAUUUCUCAGAGCACUCUGCAGAGGAAACCGCAGCUUUCCUUCAGAACUGGCUGUUCUUCGGUGUACUAUGGGAAGUAUUUUGCCCUAUUAGCAAAGGAGCCAAGUCAAAUUACGUGCAACCGCAGGAAGGUACAGAGCAUGGGAUCAUCACUGUCGCUUCCCUCGACGAGCAGAUUCUUGAGCUCUCCUCGUUUAUUCCUUUAUAUGUUGGGAGUGCCAGUCCCGCUGCAAAACAUGGGAUAGGCCAUCGAAUCGAAACAAGCCUCAGAACCGUGUCCCGUUUCUGUCGUAUAGCAACUUGCGAUGACGAUCCGCGACCCGGGUUUGUAACCUGGCCAUUGUCACCGGAGAUCGAUCUCUCGGUGAGAGCACUGAGUCAGCGUCUUGCCUGGAGCUUUUCGACGAAUGGUGUCAACAUGGUUUUGAGUUCCUCCACAGGAUCCUUGCAGUUUCCUUGCGCGUGGCUUCCACUGGCGCGUAUGAAUGAGGCCGAAUGGUGUCCUAGCGAGGUCUCUAUGGUAGAAGAAACAUUCACCUCGGCGUCAGCGCACUAUAUAUCGCAGAUGGAGAGACCGCCAGCCGCAAUCCAGAGGAAACAUCCAGACUGCACAAGCAAGCUAUGUCUAGCCCGGCAGCUCAAUGAGGAGACCUAUCGGACCGCCCACACAAAUAAUGAAUGUGAUUGCCAGCAUUACGGGCCGGUAAUGAACGAGGUGGUAUCCAUCAUCGAAGCAGGAGGCGUGCCACUGCUAUCCAUCACUCCGAUCAAAAAGGAACCCUUCCUCAAAGUGGAGGUAGAGAAGUACACUGAGGGAAAGAAAUAUAUCGCAUUCUCCCAUGUUUGGUCAGACGGACUCGGUAAUCCCACGGCCAAUACUCUACCUCAUUGCCAGCUUUCUCGUCUUCGAGACUUGUUGGAUGGGUUAGUCUCUGGCAUCAGCUCUCUCGACCUUGUCAAUCGACUAGCCUUCAAAGAGCUUUGGAAAAAGAAAUUCCAUGGGCCCUCGCUCCUUUUCUGGAUGGAUACCCUGUGUAUUCCCGUUGCAGAAGAGCUCAAGGAAUUGCGCACCAAGUCCAUCAAAUCUAUGAAAGCUGUGUACGAAAGGGCGUUUCGCGUGCUGGUUUUAGAUGCCGAUAUCCAAGGAUGCUCGUCUAGCGACUAUACUCAAGCGUUUAUGCGAAUCCGAAUGUCCGCCUGGAUGCGUCGCCUUUGGACCUUAAACGAAGGAGUCCUCGCAUACCAACUUGUCAUUAAGUUCGCCGACGGUUUUCUGGACGUUCAAGAAGCGACCGAGAAACACCAGAAGGAGGUGUAUACUUCUGAACUAGCCAACGUCAAGGGUACAUUCGGAACUCCCAUGCGUGACGCCGACAGCUUCCAAUGGAAAUUCAGACUUCUCCGCAUAAAUGUCAUUUCGGACCCUGAUCCCCGAAUGGUGCGGCGCACGACGCAAAGUCUUGCGAGUCCUGAAGCUAAGCGCUGCUUCGCGAUCAUGGAGGCAUUCAGCGCAGCGUUGUACCGCACAACUAGUAAAGAAAAGGACGAGAUGCUCUGCUUCGCCAGUUUGAUCGGAUGGGAUACGACCCUCAUUAAGGGUCUCGAGUUUAAAGACCACAUGCACGCUUUGCUCUCCACAGAAAGACAGCUCCCGCAGGGUAUGUUGUUCCUCGCUGGGCCAAGGAUGAGCCAGCCCGGCUGGAGAUGGGCGAUAAAUCGAUUCGCAAACUGUGGCGCGACGCGGCUGAAUGUGAAAUCGGACAAUAUGACGCCGGGAAUUGUGAGCGGCAAUGGGUUUAUCGUCGAGUUUCCUGCUCUCGCAUUGCCGGUAAGCUAUACACGGGACAACUUCCAGAAAGUUAUCGUCACCACCGAUUUAGCAGACGCCGUCACAGCUAAAAUCGAGAUCUCCCGGCACGAUGAGGGCAUAGACCGUGCAAAAUAUGACAAUGAGUCGGAUGAUGAUUGUGAAGACCGGUUAUAUGUUCUUUUCUGGGAUCCUCUCAACGCUCUGGCCCCUAGGGUGCCGUUGCCCGCUGCUGUGAUCUCAGGACCUAUUGACGAGGAUCUUGAAAAGGAAGAGGUCGUGUACCGUUUUGAAUUCCUCGCGUAUUUUGAAGUCCUCGAGAAAACAACGGGAGGGACGACGCUCGCGGAGAAAUCGGAGCAUGUGGCAGAGUUGAUUAGAAAGAAAUGGACGAUUGGAUAG